AGUCGAUGUGCUGAGACCCGGAGCCCAGGGAUCGCUCAGUUUCGAGACAAACAUUUCGGUGGUCGGACGUGCCAGGCCGGAGAAAUCAUUCGCUUCCCACAUUGUAACGCAUAUUGUGCAAGUCACACGCGACCAUUUUCAGUGCAUGUGUAUGCGAGUGCGUGUGUGUGUGUGUCUAUGUGUUUGUUAAUUAUACGCGACACGACAACUACAUAGUUAGUUCGAGCUCUAUUCGAGUAUGUGUGAAUAAAUCAAUGUUCGCGGCGGCUGCAUUGCUAAUAAAGCAACAACAAAAAAUAUAAAAAACAAUAACAAAAACGCACACUUGAAAGAUUGCGUUGCUGUUUUCAUUUCAUAGCCAUAUCUCACCAAACUGAAGACAACAAAAAGAAACGAAUUUGGCGCGCAGUGAACGAAUGAUAAGACCGUCGGUGAACAGUCAUCGAAUAUAAACAAAAUACACACAAAUAUAAAACAAAAUUUAAUGAAAUACACGUGUCACAGCAACUCAGCAAAGAGAUAAUUCGAUUACGGUACAGUAAACCCAUAAGUGCAUUCAGAUCAACGUCAAAACAACGAAAAUUAACACAAUUUGAAGGCAAUAACAUUUGUGACAGGUGCAAAAGCAAAAGCAAAAGCAAAAACAAAAACCAACAGCAACGCAACAUAUAACCCAUAAAAGGCAAUCAACAGCAACAGCAGCAUCCAAUGGCUGAGGAGGAGCUCUUUGGCGAUUUACAGGACAUUAUCAAUGCCAGCCUGGAGGUGAACGGCGGUGCAGGAGGCGGUGUAAAUAUGCCUCAGGUAUUUCAUCAGUCCACGUCCCUGCCGGUGAUGCCAUCGCCCAUGCCGCUGGGCCAGAUACAGAACCAGACACCGACAUCCAAGAAGACGACGACAGGACCGAAGGCCAGCACCAAGACGGGUCCACACCUCCGCAUCAUCGAGGAGCCAACGAACAACAUAAUCCGCUUUCGCUACAAGUGCGAAGGACGCACGGCUGGCUCCAUACCGGGCAUGAGCACCAGCACGGAGACGGGCAAGACCUUCCCCACCAUCGAGGUGUGCGACUACAACGGCCCCGUCACCGUGGUCGUCUCGUGCGUGACCAGCGACGAGCCCUACCGCCAGCAUCCGCACUGGCUGGUCAGCAAGGAGGAGGCCGACUCCUGCAAGUCGGGCGUGUACGCCAAACGGCUGCCGCCGGAGGAGCGGCGUCUGGUGCUCCAAAAAGUGGGCAUCCAGUGCGCCAAGAAACUGGAGAUGCGCGACUCCCUGCUGGAACGGGAGCGAAAGAAUGUGGAUCCCUUUGGGGCCAAAUUCGAUCACAAAGACCAAAUCGAUAAAAUCAAUCGGUACGAGCUGCGCCUCUGCUACCAGGCCUUCAUCACAGUCGGAAACACCCGCGUGGCCCUGGAUCCCAUCGUUUCCUCCCCGAUCUACGGCAAGAGCAACGAGCUGACAAUCAGCCGCCUGUGCAGCUGCUCGGCCAAGGUGAGUGGCGGCGAUGAGAUCAUUAUGCUAUGCGAGAAGAUCUCCAAGGACGACAUCGAGAUACGCUUCUACGAGACGGACGACGAUGGCCGGGAGCUGUGGCACGCCAAUGCGGAGUUCCAGCCCACGGAUGUGUUCAAGCAGAUGGCGAUUGCGUUCAAGACGCCGCGUUACAGGAAUCCAGAGAUCACACAGAGUGUUAAUGUGGAGCUCAAGCUGGUGCGACCCUCGGAUGGAGCGACGAGCGCCCCGCUGCAGUUCGAGUACUACCCGAAUCCAGGUAUAGUAACCUUUGCCCGGCUGCAGCGAAAGCUGAAGCGUAAGCAGGAGAUGGACGUGUUCCAGCAGAUACUUUCCCUAGAUAGCGAGACGACAGCCACCAAGUAUUCGUGUCCGCCGCUCGAUCUCAACGAGGACGAGAACAACACGGUCUCCUCGGACGAUCAGCCGAGCUCGGGCACCCUCAACGACUUUGAGAUCGCUGUCAAAAAGCAGCUGAUGCACCUGCAGCAUCGCGGGGAGUCGCACGAUGCGGAUGGCAACACAAUGACGGAGUACACGGACAACGACAACGAACCGGACAUGGAGAUCGAGCUGGAGGUGCCGCAGCUGCUGCCCCAGCUGGCCGAUGACUGCACCCAGACCUCGACGCCCAUGGAGGAGAUCCUGCAGCAUCCGCAGCUGCAGACGCGUCCCCUCAACAACGUGGACAAGAUCACCGAGUGGAUGAAGAGCAGCGAGUUUGAGCGGACGGACAGCCUGACCGUGGAGAACGGGGACACGCCCACCCUCUCGAACAGCACCGCCCAGACGGCCUUCACGAAUGUGAGCAGCCUGACGGCCAACACGACCAUAACGAACCAGCUGGACGAGCUGGAGGGGGCGGACGAGGGAGCUGGCUCCCGAAGGGAUACCCUAGAGGAUCCGGCACUCAAGGAGCUGCCCGAAGCCGAUGGAGGUGCUGCACCUCAACCUCAAGAGGAAGUGGAAGGGGAGACAAAGGGGCAGAAAGAACCCGAGUCGGCCAGCGCCCAGGCCUCGGUGGAUAUCGAUGAGAAUUUUGAUGAGACGGCCACGUACACGAGCCUGCAGAUAGCCUUCAACAAUCCGGUGGACAUACCUAGGGACUGUGCCUCCUCCAGGCAGACAUACGCCGCCACCAAUCCCUUCAGCCAGAUGGAUGAGGACGAGCUGGUGGUGCUGACGAAUCCACCAGCGCCGAGGAUCAAAGUGAACGCGGCCCAGACCCCGGCCACGCCCCCCUCGCCCACACUGCCCCAGCUGCCGCCGCGUACACCGUCGCCGGAUCCCGAUCAUCGUCUGCCGCCGUUGCCACCGAAGCCACAGAGGAACUCCCAGGAUCUGAGCAUUGUCAGCGAUGGUUCGAUCAAUCGGUCGCGAAACGGGAGCCUCAGCUCCGCCAGGACCACGCCCUCGCCCAUCAUCAUAAUGCGCACGCCCGACCAGAGCCCCACCAAGCGCCAGCCGACGUCGACACCAAGUGGCUCGCCCAAGAAGCGCCAGGGAUUCUUCUCGCGCUUCUUCUCGCGCCGCAAGAGCAAGGCCGAGGAGGAGGACGGGUCCUCCCUCACGGUGGCCGGAAGUCCCAGCAGGCAGGCCAGCACACCCACCGGCAGUAGGGAGCCGAGUGUGGCGCACUUUGCCCUGGGCGAUCCCAACCGAAGCUCCAGCCGCUCCAUGCAGCCGCCAAGCAACUGUGGUCGCAGUGGCCGUCCCGUGGGCCGCAGCUCGAGCAGUGUCUCGGGCAAGCGACCUGCCUACCUGGACGCCGAUGUCAUCCACAUACCUCUGAAGGGCGGCGACAGCGAGAACAGCCUGCUCCGGCCCGAGAGCUACUCGAACGCUAGCACCCUCAGCUAUGGUCGACCGCUGGACCGGAAGACCCUGAGCACACUGCAGCUGGCCGACAUACCCAUCAGCGACGGCAACAUGGAACUGGUGGCCAUUGCCGAUCGCCAGAGCAUCCGGAACUUGUGCGAGGGAGCCUACGGCGUGGUCCUCGAUCCCAGCGUGGAUCUCUCCGAGGCCGAGCACUUUGCUCUCUACACCAGCAAGUCCCCGGAGCCGCCAUUUGGUGGGGACCAGGCGGGAGCUGGUGCCGAUGAUGGUCCUGGCGGGGCGGAGGCGACGGAUUUCCUCAGUGCUGACGAGAUAGCGCGACGUCUGGCCGAGGCCAAUGGCUUACAGUGAAGCAUAGGCGGGGGGACAAAGGGGGUUUCGGGUAACUGAUGCGAGGGUUCGAUGUAAAAGGGUUCUGUAAGAGUAGAGAACCCAUCCUUAAGUAUUGAUUGAUUGUAUCCUACGAAGAGAACAACACUGGGAUCACCACUUUGCGAUUGUAUUUUUUAAAAUUAAAUGCAAGAAAAGGGAGAAACCCCACAGCGACCAAGACAUCAACUUGUAUCCCUCCAAUCUAAAAACCUGGUACCUGAGAGCAGACAUAAUUUUUGAAGUUUUUCGGAGCCCUUUUGGGUUGUAUCAAACCUUCAAGAAAGCCAUUGAACACCCUCGAAUAUUAACCAAAUCAGUUACCCGAAACCGCACAAAAACUACAAUAGUUUAACUACAAAACAAAACAAAAUCAGAGCAGAACUAUGGAUAUUUUCUAGUCGUUUUCUUUUUUCAGUAUUAAUUAACGCUUAUCUUAUCCCUCCCUCCCCCACUUAAUAGUUUAGUCACCGAUGAGAACACACAGAACCGAAUCGAACAAAAAAAAUUAAUCGUCCUAUCCGAAUAUAUCUUUAUAGAAAACCUAACCCAGCACAAUCGUCUGGUGGCGCGCAAGACCGUUGAGACCCUUAAAA